AUGAAGCUCUUGCUCAAGACCCUCUCCUCCAAUGCCGUGCUCCGCUCGCAGAUCAGACAGGCGGACCGCUUGCGAUUCCUGUCGAGGCCGGCUGCCGCAGGAAUUCACUCUGUCCCGGACCUGAAAGACACAAGCUUGCUAAAAUCACAAGGCUACAUCAAUGGCGAGUGGGUCGGCGCCAAGUCAGGCAAGACGUUUGAGGUUCAUGACCCAGCCACCGGGAAGACCAUAGGCACAAUGCCAGAAAUGAACAAGGAGGAUACCGACAGGGCGAUUAAGGCUGCGGCUGAUGCGUUGUCCUCAUUCAGAAAGACCACAGGCCGCGAGAGGUCGAAGAUGCUUAGGAAAUGGUACGAUCUCAUGGUGGAGAAUAGCGAGGACAUCGCCAAGUUGAUAACCUGGGAGAAUGGUAAGCCUUUCAAUGACGCCAAGGGUGAAGCCGCGUAUGCCGCCAGCUUCUUCGAAUGGUUCAGCGAGGAAGCUCCUCGAGUGUAUGGAGACAUAAUUCCGGCAACCGUAGGCAGCAACAGGAUCUAUACUCGGAAGGAGCCCGUAGGUGUCUGUGGCUUGAUCACGCCCUGGAACUUUCCCGCUGCAAUGAUCACGCGAAAGAUUGGCCCCGCGUUGGCCGCGGGCUGUACAGUGGUCGCAAAGAGCCCUGGCGAAACUCCCUUCACCGCCGCCGCAAUCACAGAGCUCGCACACCGCGCUGGAAUUCCCGCCGGCGUUGUAAACGUUGUGACUUCCCUUGAGAACACAGUCGAGGUUGGAAAGGCCAUUACUUCCUCCAACGACGUCAAGAAAGUAUCGUUCACAGGUUCUACCAACGUUGGCAAGCUUCUCAUGAAUCAGUCGUCUGAUACUCUGAAGAAACUGUCAUUCGAGCUGGGUGGAAAUGCUCCUUUCAUUGUAUUUGACGAUGCCGACCUUGACACCGCUGUGGCUGGCGCCAUCGCAAGCAAGUUCCGCUCGAGCGGUCAAACAUGCGUCUGCGCCAACCGCAUCUACGUGCACAAGGAUAUAUACGACAAGUUCGCAGAAGCAUUCACAGAGAAGGUCAAAGCCUUCAAUGUUGGCCCUGGCUUCCAGGAUGCUGUUACCCACGGGCCGCUCAUCCAUGACCGCGCUGUUAGCAAAGUGCAGUCCCACGUUGAGGAUGCUGUCUCCCGUGGUGCAAAGGUCUUGGCUGGUGGAAAGCCACUCUCCAAUCUCGGUUCCAACUUCUUUGAGCCUACGGUCAUUCGCGACAUGACGAAGAGCAUGAAGAUCGCCUCUGAGGAGACCUUUGGUCCAAUUGCUGCCCUGUUCCCCUUCGAGACCGAAUCAGAAGUCGUGAGUCUUGCCAAUGACGCCGAUGUAGGCCUCGCGGGUUACUUUUUCUCCAAGGACAUCCAGAGAUGCUACCGAGUUGCUGAGGCGCUCCAAUUUGGCAUGGUGGGUAUCAACACUGGCGUCAUUUCGGACGCAGCAUCGCCUUUCGGAGGCGUCAAACACUCUGGAUUUGGCCGCGAGGGGUCGAAGUAUGGUAUUGAAGAGUACAUCACUCUCAAGACCAUGACAGUCGGUGGAAUUGGAGAUCUGCAAUAA